CAAGUAAUAACAUUUUUUGUGUCUUUAAUAAACUAAAAUCAAACCCCAUUUCUAUAAUCACGAAUACAAUAGAACAUAUGCAAGAACAGCAGUCCUAUUUCUAUAACUUCUAUUCUAAAGAGAGACAGAAUUGCAGGAUGUUCUACUUUUUCUUUGAAUCGAGAAAGGCCAAAGCUGACCCGGUUGUCAUAUGGCUAACGGGAGGACCGGGUUGCAGCAGUGAAUUGGCUCUGUUUUAUGAAAAUGGUCCUUUCAAGCUUACCAACAACUUAUCACUUGUUUGGAAUGAUUAUGGCUGGGAUAAGGUUUCUAACAUAAUAUACAUUGAUCAACCUACUGGUACCGGUUUUAGUUAUAGUUCUAGUGAUCAAGACACACGGUACAAUGAAACCGGAGUUAGCAAUGACCUCUACAACUUUUUACAGGCCUUCUUCAAGGUCCAUCCUGAUUAUGUCAAAAAUGAUUUCUACAUCAUGGGAGAAUCAUAUGCGGGACACUACAUUCCAGCUUUAGCUACUCGGAUUAACAAGGGAAACAAGAAGAAAAAAGGGAUUCACAUAAAUUUGAAAGGCAUGGGAAUCGGAAAUGGGCUAACUAAUCCAGAAAUCCAGUAUCCAGCAUACACAGAUUUUGCUUUGGCUAAUAAAAUAAUAUCAAAAACAGAUUAUGACAAAAUAAACCUACAAAUUCCAGCUUGUGUAAAAGCAAUCAGACAAUGUGGCACAACGGGUACAGAGACUUGUUAUUCUGCCUAUAUCAAAUGCCAGCCACUAUUAUUUGACAUAAUCAAUCUUAUAGACAAUAAAAAUUAUUACGAUAUAAGGAAGAAAUGUGAGGGGCGCUACUGCUAUGACUUUUCACAAGUGGAAAAAUUUCUAGAAGAAGUAUCAGUUAAAAAAGCAUUAGGGGUACCCAGCAAUAUACGUUUUGUUUCGUGUAAUAACAGAGUGCAGGAUGCAAUGAUCAAUGAUUGGAUGAGAAAUCUGGCACUCGGGAUUCCGGACCUUCUGGAACAGAAUAUUCAACUGCUCAUAUACACAGGAGAAUUUGAUCUUAUUUGCAACUGGCUCGGGAACUGGAGAUGGGUGCACGCCAUGGCUUGGUCGGGUCAGAAAGAAUUUGUUGCAGCUUCAAAUGUUUCGUACUUAGUUGACGGAAAAGAAGCUGGCAUUUUAAAGAACCAUGGGCCACUCACUUUCAUCAAGGUUCAGAAUGCUGGACACAUGGUUCCUAUGGAUCAACCCAGGGUUGCACUAAGGAUGUUGGAGCUGUGGAUCACAGGGAAACUUACUUCGCUUCAGAAUGAUGUGGUUCCGCCUCUUUGAUUGUUUUGCAGGCUCUGAAGAAAAAUAAGUCCAUAGGACCCCUUCAGCAUUCUUUAUUUGAUUUCAAUAUUGUCAAAUACAGAUACAAACAGUGAAUAUAUAAGAAAAAUAGUAGUAGUGUUAAUAAA